GGCAUCCCGAGUAACACGGGGAUUGUUUUGCUAGAUAUGUCAGCCUACAAAGGACAUCUAUCGCUUCUUUAAAACAUCUUCAAAAUGUCUUUUCCCAACAGCUCUCCAGCAGCAAAUACUUUUCUAGUAGAUUCUUUGAUUAGCGCUUGUAGAACAGACAGUUUCUACUCCAGCGGUAAUAUGUACAUGCCAACCAGUACAGAAAUGGGAACUUAUGGAAUGCAAACCUGUGGACUUAUGCCGUCUCUCGGUAAAAGGGGAGAAGUUAGCCACCAAAACAUGGGCAUGAAUGUCCAUUCAUAUAUACCUCAAAUUGAUGGCUGGGCUGACCCGAACAGAUCGUGCAGAAUAGAGCAACCUUCCGCCCAGAUGCCCACGUGCACGUUUUCACAAAACAUAAAAGAAGAAAGUACUUGCUGCAUGUAUUCCGAAAAGAGAGCAAAGGUCAGCUCAUCAGAAAUCCCCGCAUACGCUAAUUUGAUACCCGAAUCUUGUUCUGUUGAUGGUCCAGAAAUUCCCGUCCCAGGCUAUUUCAGACUGAGUCAAACUUACGCAUCUGGGAAAAACCAAGACUUUGGCCACGAGACGAGUCCAAACACUAUUUUGCAGCUGAGCAGAGUCACUCCAAAACCGCAGCUGUCUUCGCUUCUCGAAGUGGAAAAGAAAAUAACCGAAUUACCGAACAACCAGGAGACGACCAAGACCCCAACACCAGUGGAAAGCCCAGAUCCUAAGUCGAGUUCGCAAGAGGAAAAGAACUGCUCCACUGAAACGUCUGCCUCCAGCCCAGAAUUGCCACAGAAGGAAACUAAAGAAUGUAAAAGUGAUCCUCCAACGAGCAAUUGGUUGACUGCAAAAAGUGGACGGAAAAAAAGAUGCCCCUACACAAAGCAUCAAACCCUGGAAUUAGAGAAAGAGUUUUUGUUCAACAUGUACCUGACACGUGAGCGCCGCCUAGAGAUCAGUAAAAGUGUCAACCUCACCGACCGACAAGUGAAGAUUUGGUUUCAGAAUCGAAGAAUGAAGCUGAAGAAGAUGAGCAGGGAAAACCGAAUUCGGGAACUUACCUCAAACCUCACUUUUUCGUGAGCAUGCACAUUAAUGCAUAUUCUUUUUACCUCUUUUCCCCUUUCCCUUCCUUCAUCAGAAUGAUGCACUGGGGAUAUUGGACAUCUUUUUUCCAGUCUGGAAAUCGUAACUUGUUUUUGCUACUUUACGUUAUGCUUUUAUUGUAUUCACUUGAUGGUAUUCUAAAGUGGCGCGUUGUGUAAUUUAAAUUGUUUCAUCACAGGGUAACGAUGAACUCGUUUAUAUAUAGGUCUUAAAUUAUUAAAGUGUUGCAGACCCCCAUUGUUGGAGUGUUUUUGGUUUGUUUGAUUGAAAAGAAAGACAUCGUCGUGGAAGAGACUUGUUUUGAAAUUCACAGCAGACCAUGAUUUUGAACAUGAAAGCACAUUUACUGUUAUUACGUGAUUAGCGAAACAUUCGUCCAUGAAAGUAGACUACUUCAAUUUUGUGCAUUCUUAAACAUAUACAAUUCUAUAUAGUAGAUGUGAUAAGUAUUGUUAACAUAUGGGUGUAACAUUAAUGCAUGUUUUGUG